AUGUCUUUCCAAGUUCAGGAAACCACACACCAGGCUGCUCCUGCCAAUGCAUCAUCCUCGAAUCAGUCCUACGACCUUGUCGUCGUAGGCUUCGGUAGCACAGCACUUUCCCUCGCAACUGCUCUUGCAGACUCGGAAUCAGAUCUCAAAGUCCUUUUUCUGGAAUCAAAGCCCAACUUUGAUUGGGCACCUGCUUCGGUCUUGCCUGAGAAUGCUACGCGCACUUCCUUUUUGCGUGACUUGAUCACUACACGUAAUCCUCGCAGCGAGUUCACAUUCGUCAACUAUCUGUUCGAGAGCAAUCAAUUGGUCCAAUUUGUCAACUCCUCACACAUGACUCCCACACGAUUGGUUAUGGGCAACUAUCUUUCUUGGGUUGCAUCCAAGAUGGCAGAGAAUGACUGGGUACGCUAUUCAAGCACUGCUACCAAAGUUACUCCUGUCAAGAACAACUCAUCUCAAGUCAACAACUGGAAGAUCAAUAUCCGCGAUGCUCAGGGCAAAAACAGCACGAUCGCUUCCAAGAGAGUUGUUGUGGCUACUGGUUCGAAGGCUAGAAUCCCCAGUGCAUUGAAGAGUGCAAAGACACUGCAUACUUCGGAAGUUGCACCCCUGCUUCACAACCUCAGAACCCAGGACAUCGCCAUUGUUGGAGCAGAUCAAGAGGCUGCCGAGAUCUUCGAACACUUGCAGAGUGCCGGUGCUUUGCAUCGUGUGCGAGCAACAAUGUUCAUUUCAGACUCCGCUCUCCGACCCGAGGACAACACUUCCUUCACCCAAGAUAUCAUCGACGACUGCCUUCCUGGCGCGACCACAAGCUCCUACCCACCAGAACUCCGCCCUCGCCUUCUGACCACCACUUCCACACCCCCAGGCCCAAAGAUCUCCCUUUCAACUAUUGAAGCCCUAUACGAGAACCUCUACGCACAACGCAUCACCUCUCCUAACCCCUCGACCUGGCGCUUCAAUAUUUCUCCUCUCUCCCAAGUAACUUCUCUCACUCCCUCUGGCUCAAAGGUCCGCCUCAAUAUCAAGAACCCGAGGACACAAGAGACCAAGACAAGCGAAGGAGCUUUCGACGUCGUCAUUGCUGCAGGAGGAUACACACAUUCCACCUCUUUGCUUCAAGAUAUCGAGACUGCGGGCCUUUUGCAAGACAAGAAGUUUACGGUUGAUGCAGAGUAUAAGCUUUCUUUCCGUAAAAAUGUUGUUGCCAAGGAUACUGGUGUCUGGGUUUUAGGCUCUCUGGAGCAGGGAGAGUUGAGAGAUGAGGAUAUGGGCUUUGCUGUCGAGAGGGGAAGUAGACUUUUGAACUCUUUGUUGGAGAGUUUGCAAGGUGGCGAAGAGAGCAGAAGUGAGGUUGCUAUGUUGUAG